AUGACUGCUUCAGUAAAACGCUCGCUUUCCACCCCUAACGUGCAGCAGGCUGCUGCCAUGGCCGCUGAGGGCCCUUCUUCUACUUCUGGCUUGCCCUAUUCGACAGGCAAAGGUCGAAAUAAACUCGGUUACCAUCGAACCUCCGUUGCAUGUGGUCACUGUAGGCGUCGGAAAAUUCGCUGUUUACUGGCAAAGGAUGACCUGCAUGGACGCUGCUCCAACUGCAUUCGUUUGAAGAAAGAGUGUAACUUUUAUCCAGUGGAGAACACAGAUCGACGACCACGAUCAAUGUCAAAGCCGGACAUUAAUAGUCAAGAUUCAGGCUCAUCCGGAUCAUCCCCUUCCCCUGGGUUUGGACCAGGCCAAUUAUCUGAAAAUGCCAACGGUUAUCCAGUCUCCGUUCCUGUCACUCCAACCUGGGGAGCGGAAUACGAAUUUGGACCCGGUGCUUUUGAACACCAAUUUUUACAAAACGGCAUUUCUAGACCAGGACGGAUUAUGGGGCUUUCUCAAUCAGCUUCAGUUUCCCGCAGACCCAGCAUGGCUCAAAUGCACACACCGGCAACUGUAAAGGUAGAGCCAGGAUAUUCGGAUUUGGUGCCACGAUGGGAACUACCUUCUCAACCCGAAUCCUCUGCCGACUUUUCCUCUCGAGCUCCGCUAGAGGAUCCCUCUUUGUCCUCAGUAAUUUGGAGGGCAACUUCAGGCCCAAUGACUGGAAAUAACUUUUCUCAACAAAAUAUCAGUAACACACCGCUCCCUACUGAUUCGAUAGAAAAUUUUGAGGAAGGCAUUUGGACUUCUCAGGCCCCCUCCCGGAUGGGCUCAAUUGACCAGGGCAUGAACCUACCAUUCAGUUAUCAAUCCGCUUAUUCGUCAGAUGUCGAUCUGGGUAUACCACCUGAAAUGUAUUCAGCCAGUGCAUCUACAGCCUCUCUUACCGCGUCGGUCUCUGAAUCUUCGCACUAUGGAGAUCAUCAAUUUUAUUCGACUCAAUGGCCAGAGCAUGGGGCAGUUGGUAAUGGGUGUGAUAUGGAAGGCAUGCGGUUGGAUUCAGAUACAUUUGAUCAAGCGUCAUUCGCGGAUGAGGAGCCAUAUAUCGGUGUAGAUGGGGGGUCUCCGUACUAUCCCUCCCCACUUCAGGGUACGGCACCUGUCUCGAUGUCGCAGAGAUAA